AUGUCUGUCCGGGUCGUUGCGAGGAUACGGCCUCUGUUAAAUGAAGAGCUCGAACGAGAUGUAAUCGUCCACGCAGACCGCAAGGAGGGCAGCCAGAAGGCAAAUAUCGUCAAAAUUCCCAACCCAAAGAACGAAGCCGAGGAGUUCUCCUUCGCCUUCAAUGGCGUGUAUGACCAGGAGACCACGCAAGAGGACCUGUUCACUGCAGAGGUCUCGCCGCACCUCAAAGCCCUCUUCCAAGGUCUCGACGUAACUAUCUUCGCAUACGGCGUCACCGGAACGGGCAAAACUCAUACGAUGCGCGGGGGACUCAAGCUGGCUGACCGAGGCGUCAUUCCACGCCUGCUGAGCAACGUGUUCCGACGAGGCAAGAAGAUCACAAAAGACUCAGACGGGGAGACAACCGUAGAUGUUGCUCUGUCAUACUACGAGAUCUACAAUGACAAGGUGUUCGACCUCAUGGAACCCGCCGAGAAGCGAACCCCAUCCGGCCUUCCCUUGCGAGAGGCGAACGGGAAGACGAACGUCGUGGGACUCUCGGAGCGAGCAUGCCGCGAUUUGAAAGAUUUCGAGGCUCUUUAUAUCGAGGCAAACACCAACCGCGUGACGGCCGCCACCAAGCUCAAUGCUCACAGCAGUCGCAGCCAUGCCAUCCUGCGUGUCAAGGUGACACAGACGACCGGCGACCGGGUCCUGGAGAGCACCGCAUCCGCCAUCGACCUGGCCGGAUCAGAAGACAAUCGAAGAACAGAGAACAACCGUGAGCGGCUCGUGGAAUCCGCUGCGAUCAACAAGUCCCUGUUUGUCCUAUCACAAUGUGUUGAGGCCAUCUCCCGAGGUGACAAGCGCAUCCCCUACCGAGAGUCCAAAAUGACCCGUAUCCUUUCCUUGGGACAGAACAAUGGUAUCACGGUCAUGAUCUUGAAUCUUGCGCCUAUGCGCAGCUACCACCUCGACACAUUAAGCAGCCUGAAUGUCAGCUCUCGCGCCAAGAGGAUCGAGGUUCGCGAGAUCGAGAACGAGAUUGUCUUCAAGCAGGCCCCACGUGCCAUGACCCUGAGUGGAACGAGUAUUCAGAGACAGCCCCUGCGGCCUCUCAAUAACGCACACAAUGUUCAUACGGGGACAACUGCUGCAAACAAGGAGAAGGCUGCUGAAAAGGACAAGGACAAGCCAGCAAAGUUGUUCAGCGUCUAUUCGGACAAAUCGAAGACUGCACCAGCACGUCCGUCCACGACCAAUAUCUCAUUGCAAGCACGUGUGUCCAACAUCAGCAAGCGCAAGUCCGAUACCAACGAUGCACAGAGUCGACCCACUAAAAUCCUGCGGCCGAAUUCCGUCACUUCUCGUCCCCCACUGGCUGCUGUCGCACAGCCCUCUAUAACAAUGUCAGCUGUUCAGAUUGAGGAGAUGGUCGAGCGCAAGGUUCAGGAGAUACUCGCAUCCCGAGCAGCGAAAGACUCACAACUGAAGAAGGAAGAGCAGGCUCCUCCUCCCCCACAGCCUGCAUCGGCUGAUAUCAGCGAGGCCGUACAACGGCGUCUGGAGGCUCUUGAGCGACGUAUCGAGGACAAUGACGGUGGAAACAUGGGCAGAUCCGAAGGCAUGCGGCUUCUCUUACAGGCGCGCAAGCUCAAGGAGAAGGGUGACGACGACGGAGCUCUCAGGUGCUACGAGUCUGCCCUGGCGUAUUUCCCUGGACAAGCGAAACUGUUGGGCAAGAUUGAAAGACUGAGGGCAAAGAUGGCGGGCAAGAACGCAGCGGCUGGUCCAGAACCAGUCCCCAGCAAGAAGAUAAGAAAGCACUACAAGACAGAGAGCGACGAGGACGCCAAUGAUUCCGACUACAACGCCUCGGAAGCCGACGCAGACGAGAGCUACGUGGAUACCAAGAUGAAAUCCAGCGGCUCCAAGGCCUCCAAGGCUCGCACUGCAGGAUCCCGGCCUUACCUCCCGACGCCAGAAAGUAGCUUCGAGAACAGGCCUAGUGCAGCAAACCCGCCCUCCCCACGAACACAAAGACUGCUCGACAUCGUCAACUCACAUGACGCUGACCUGAUUAAGGGCCUGCAUGGGUUUGGGCCCAAGAAGGCGAGGGACGUUGUAGAACGGCUCGAGGCCUACGAGGGAGGCAUGAUCGUGUCAGUCGAGCAGCUGAGGAGUGUGCCUGGGUUUGGGGGUAAGACAUUGGAGAGAGCAUGGGAAGGAAUCAAGUGCUGA